CAAAAAGCUAAAAGCAAUGGCCACUGCGAUGUCUUACUCUUCUCAAAACCAUCGAUUCGAGCACCAAACCCUAAUCCACCGUAACCCUAAGCCUCGUCUUUGCCGCAACUCUUCAACAGCUCCUCGCCGACGCAAGCAAAGCCCUACGGUUGUUAAAUCUCCGGCGGCGAAUCCAAAUCUUGUAAUGGAACAAGUCAAGAUCCUCAAACGCGGUGAGACAUUGAGCGCGUUUAAUAAGAACAAGGAAAACAUUAGCUCCGACGAUACAAGACGACCUGUUUUGAAGAUGAUAAAAGAUGUUGAUCUGAUUGUAUCGGCUACUAAUAGAAUUGGACCUGAACCAGAGAUUUUGAUGAAACAGAUCGGAGCUUUGGGAUUGCAGAGCUUCGCCGGAGCUAAUUGCUCUCUUUCGCCGCCUCCAAGCUGUGUUCCAAUUCCAUGUUUCUUAGGGACGAAGAACAAUCUCCUUGUUUAGAUCAUCUGAUUUGGGGAAAACAAAAACCCUAAAAUCGAAACCGUCUUUUGAUGGUCUCGUAAGAGCAGAUGUGUGAAGAAAUCCUGAGAUAGAGAGUAAACAAAUCUCUUUGUUUAUCUCAAAGAAGAAGAAGAAGAUGGAGAAUGUGAUCACAAAACGCCAAUUGCAACCAAAAUCUUUACUCUGUAAUCGAGUGUUUUGGUGUAACAGUCACUGUGACUAUUUUCAAUCGCUUUUUUUUAGUUUUGUUUCGGAUUUUGAAGUUUGUAGUUGUCACUUUCACAUGGGAUUCAAAUCUCUCCUUAUGCAAUAAAAAACCUUAUAGUAAUACAAACAUAAGUUUCUUGAA